AUGCCCAGCUUCUUGCAAGGAAGCACUCUUGUCAUAUCGGCCAUUAUAAAGAGAGACCUGGGUAUGACGACAGCACAGUUAACAUGGAUGACAUCUGCUUCAGCACUAACCACCGGGUCAUUUCUGCUGUUUUUCGGCAAAGUUGCUGAUAUGUUUGGUCGAAGAGGCAUACUCCUUGCGAACAUCUUCCUCUUUGCUGUGACGUCCCUCGCAACCGGAUUCUCUCGAAAUGCGAUUGUUUUGGAUAUCCUGAAUGGAAUCAUGGGCUUGGUAUCUGCUGCCACUAUCCCUGCUGCUCAAGGCAUGCUAGGAAGUAUCUAUGACAAGCCAUCAAAGCGGAAGAAUUAUGCCUUUGCGUGCUUCAGCUCUGGCAACCAUCUAGGUUUUGUGUUCAGCUCCAUUUUUUCCGGCAUAGCGACACAGUUCUUUGGAUGGGCAGCGUCCUUUUGGCUCCUUGCCAUAACUUACCUCCUCGUAGGGAUUGUGGCAUGCUUCACUGUGCCCAUAGAUGAAGGCGAGAAACUCCCGUUGACGUUGGAAGUGCUGAAGCAGUUUGACAUUGUUGGCGCUGCGUUGACAAUCGGUGGCAUUGGCCUUUUCAUAGCUGGCAUCAGUGUCGGCCCAGAUGCGCCUCAAGGGUGGAAAACUCCGUAUAUCAUUGUCUUCAUUGUUCUUGGCUUUCUGAUGUUGGUCUGUUUCGUCUGGUGGGAGAACAGGUUCGCGCAUCCCUUGAUGCCUAUGAACAUCUGGCGUGAUAGGGAGUUUUCUCUUCUUCUAGUGAUAUUGUUGCUUGGCUAUCUUUCGUUUCCGGCCUUGUUCUUCUUUGCCGCCUUGUACCUUCAGGAGCUAUUCCACUACUCUGCACUAAUCACGGCCGUGUGUUUGCUACCCGCAGCAGUUAGUGGUGUCAUUGUGAAUAUUAUUGCCGGACGGAUCUUGCAUCGCGUUUCUAACAAGUUGUUGAUGGGCAUUGGUGCUGCUGCAUUCAUGGUAUCCUUUAUCUUUGCUGCAGUCCAACGAUCCGGCUCUUCAUACUGGGCGUUUACAUUCCCAGCCCUUUGCAUCGUUGUGGUUGGCACAGAUUUAGAAUUCAACGUGGUGAAUAUGUAUGUUGUGUCGGCGUUGCCAAACGCUCAACAAUCCAUCGCCAGCUCUGUGUUCCAAACGACGAUUAAGCUUGCGGUUACAAUUGGUCUUGGCGCUUUUGCUGCCAUUUUUGCAAGCGUCUCUGAGAAGCCUGCAACAACUGGCUACUAUGUCAACGAUCCGUUUGAGCCAUAUGCCGCGCUAUUCUGGUUUGCUACCGCCUUGAGCUUCAUCAGCUUGCUCCUCGUGCCUUUCCUGAGAAUUAAAACUCAGGGCAACGCAUAG